AUGAGCAAUGCGGUCUGGGCCGCAUGGCGGGCUCCAUGCCCAGGGCUCCGCACCUCCGUGCUGCCAGUAACACUCCGCCCUGCCAGUCGUGAUCUCCGCAUUACCCCAUGGCGCAUGUACAGCACCUCGCGCCAAUCCACGUUGCCAGUCCCGAGCCUUCUGUCCCAGAUUUUCUCUCACUCGUCUCGACCGACUCCAGCCCCGAUAUUCCCACAACGAUUCAACCCGGUCUCUACCCCCCGCCGCUUCAAACGUACAUCCGCCGCAUCUUCAAAGCCAAAGCCUAAAUCGGAUCCCUCGGAGGUCCUCCCUCGCGAAAAGCCCUUCUCCGAUGCAGAGAUCAAAGCCAUCUUUGGUCCCGCCAAGUUCAAUGCAAAGCUGGGAAACCGUAUCCUGGCCGUCCUGCACGGCCACCGUCUGACCGGCACGCUUGAUGCGGACUUACCAAUUGACAUUGCCCGCGCUAUCACCCCGCAGCAGUUCGACAUGGCUUUGGAAUGGCUCCGCAGUGAGUACCCCGUCGACGAGGAUGCUGCUAUUUUCGCCCGCAUCGAGCGUGAGGAGCGCGCGGAGGAAGAGAAGCUUGUGCGCCGCGCUGAGAAGCUAGGCUUGUAUAAGCCGCAGAGUGGUUCUUAUGACGCCGAGCUUGGCGAGGAGGGCUCUCCUUACGGCAAGAGUGUUCUGAAAGAGGCUCGCGAGAGGAACGAGAAGCGCUUGCUGGCUGAACAGGAACGGAAAAGGCAAGAGUGGCUCGAUGGCGAGAAAGAAGAACACGAACGGUUGAAGCGGGAGUUUGGGAAGAACACUUCCCUGCAGCAAUACCAGGAGGCUGCCCUCACUGAGGCUCGUCCCCGUGCGGAUCCUAUUGAGAGGCCGUAUCUCGCUUGGGUCCAGAAGCAUCAUAUUGCCGCUACCAACGAGAGUCCUGAGUCGAUGAACAUCACUAAUUCUCAGCGUCUGCUCGCUCCACUUCUGUUCUCGAUCGUCGUUCUCGCCCUUUGCUACACCUUUGCUCAGAAAUAUGAGUUCCCGGCACGAAAGGAUCGCCUCAUGCCGGAGGUGCCUCCUGCUGUGGCUACUGUGGGUGCCAUUGUGGCAGCUAAUGUAGCAGUCACUUUGCUGUGGAAAUACGUACCUCCCGCGUGGAGACUGCUCAACCGAUACUUCGUGAUUGUUCCCUUCUAUCCCAGCUCACUGGGUAUGAUCGGAAGCACAUUCAGUCAUCAGACGUGGAGACAUCUUGGAACUAAUAUGAUGGUCUUGGGACUUAUGGGAACCAGAGUCCACGAUGAAAUCGGCCGUGGAAACUUUUUGGCCAUCUACUUCGCUUCCGGUAUCAUGGGAUCUGUCUUCUCAUUGACACGCAGCGUCAUCCUCGGCCGCCUGGGCAUGACCUCCCUUGGAGCUAGUGCUGCAACCAGCGGUAUCGUCGCCGCAUGGUGCAUGUCUCACUUCAAUGACAAACUCACCGUGUGGAUUCUUCCUCAGGCGCUCCAAGAAAAGAUUUGGACCUACGGUUGGGUCUUCCUUACCUGUCUAGUCGGCACCGAAGUCUUCAGCUUGCUCGCUCCCGCAUUCUUAUUCCGCGCUUGGCCCCUCUCCCGACUGACCAAGAUGGACCACGCUGCCCAUCUAGGUGGGUAUGCGACUGGUGCUGGGUGUGGAUAUACCCUUAUGCAGAAAAGGAAAGAGCGCGAGAGAAAGGCGAGACAGUCGAGAUGGAUCUAA